AUGGCGUGCAGCCAAGAAACUUUCGCGUCCGAGCUAGAUGCUGCAGCCUCCAACGAGGACGUCGAUGUGCUUCGUGUUGCCCUCGGCACGGACGGAGAUGCUUACGCAUGGCUCACCGAGUACAGCGAAGCGACGAAAACGUCUUGGAUUGUCGAUUGGGAAAUCGCCGACCCGAAAAGAUUUGUCUUCCACAAGAAAUGGAGAUGUCAGCAUAGCAGCAUCAACAAAACAGUUGGAAGAAAUUCCACAAACUGCCCAGCGUUUGUCGACGUGAAGAUUAAGAAAGUUACAAAGCACACGAAGCGCAAUGACGCUUUCUUGAGGAGGGAUGUCCCCCUGACUGCCCUCAUCAAGCUGAAUGAAAACCACAAUCAUGUGCUUGACUGUGCUCAUGGGCUCCAUCUCCUCAAAAGCACAGCUGACACUCGGGCCACUUUCGUUCAGUACUUCAGAAAUGGCCUGGGUCCAGCUGCUGCUCUAGACUUUCACAGGAGCAAGCUGGGCAACCAAGAAAAUGGUGCAAGGCUGCUUGCAAACAGUUCCUACAAUCCACGACCUGGCACUCUCUAUCACUGGUUCAGGAUUUGGAGGAAGACCAACCACGGUGAUAACACUGACCCACUGACCAAGCUGGCUGAAAAAAUGCCAGCCUAUACCCAACGCAGAGUUGAUGUAAAGACUUCAAAGUCCCAGGAUGACAGCUGCUGGGCAGUGCUGGUGGUAACACCGAUAAUGAGACGAACGCAGGCACUGGAUGCUGCAAGGGAAAUUGUGUUCCUGGACUCUACAGCUUCAUGUGAUGAUUCUCAAACCAAUGUGACAGUGGUGCUUGUUGCCACUCCAGUGGGUGCCCUGCCUAUUGCGGUACUGCUUCACAGUGCACAAAGCACAGAAAGUUACAGCAGAGCAUUCAGUCUCCUGAAACAGAACUACCCGUUGUGCUUCGGUGGUGCCCAUGCUCCACAAACGUUCAUGACGGAUAAUUUUGCAGCCGAGAAGGCUGCCUUGUGUGCCACUUGGCCUGAGAGCAAGCAGCUACUUUGCCACUUUCAUGUGGCGCAAGCCGAGUGGCGCUGGCUCCAGGCAUCCCGGAAUAACGUCAGCCGGGAUGAGAGGCGUGAGCUUAUGACAGCAUUUCAGAGGGGUGGAUAA